AUGCUCUCUCCACAAUUGGGGGGGGGUGUUGGUCAGUGUCGGGCUCUCUCCUUUGGGGGGAUGGGUUGCUGAUUGGUGUUAUGCCUUCUCUGCGGUUGGGAGGGGGGUGUUGGUGUCAGGCUCUCUCCUUUGGGGGGGUGGGUUGCUGGUUGGUGUUAUGCUCUCUCUGCGGUUGGAGGGGGGGGUGUUGGUGUCAGGCUCUCUCCUUUGGGGGGUGGGUUGCUGGUUGGUGUUAUGCUCCCUCCGCGGUUGGAGGGGGUGUUGGUCAGUGUCAGGCUCUCUCUUUUGGGGGGAUG